AUGUGGGUCAGUCUUGCGACUCAUACGCGUGUUAGCUUUGUCACGGUACCGACUUGUGGCUGGACAUCAAAAGCACGCACACCUCGAGUAAGUGCGUCGACCUGGUGUUCGGUACCGCUGGGGCGGUCGAGGCGGAAGCCGCGCGCCCGACUGGUAGCAACAGCAGAGACAGCAGCAGCUCCUGAUGCGCACGCUGCUCCGCUUCCGGGUACUGUCCAGGACUCCGAGUUUGAACGUGCGGAGGCUUGUAGUGUUGUGGAGGUUUUUCACGACCGAGCGGUGCACAUUGGUGUGUUGCGCACGACACCAGCUGAGGCAGCGUGCGCAACGAGCUUUCGAGUUCACCUGGUUAGCGCCGAUAACCAGGAGGUAAGUGUCGCCCCCGACCAAGUCAUUGCGAACUGGAGUGAAACUCUGGUACCGCCGUUGCUGUUCGAGGAGCUCAGCACUGCUGGUGAGCAGCCUGAAGCGUGGCUACCUCCAGUGCGUUUCUCGCAGACGCGUCUGCAGCACGCCUGGGAUACCGCCCGACUCUGGCUGCAACCGCACUCGACGGAGUCAUGGCUCGCACUCCAGUCUGCGGACCGUCUCGGAAUCCUGGCGUUGUUGUCAGAGGGGCUGUAUGAGCUCCAUCAGGAGGUGAGUUGUCGAGGCGCUCGCCGCGGCGGUCCAUUCACAUCCGCUGUCGAGUUGGCAGCUCGAUACCAGUUGCGUUUGCGAGAGCGUUUUCGUCGUCGACUUUGGCCCGCGGAUGAGACCACUUCACCGGUAGCCAAGUCGCUGUGUGAUCCGUUCGUAUUGCGAAUACUCGCAGCGAUAACGCUCGGGUCCGACAAUUUUCGCUUCCGACGGGUUCCCCGGUACGGUGGCGGCUGGCGAGCGCUACCUGAGCCGAUGGUACGCGCACGUAUCGUAGAGUCUUUCUGUGAACGUGUACAUGCAACGAGGCAGUCACUGGAUCGGACAUGGCAUCCGGAGCAUCUCGCAGUUUUACGCGAGCUGGAAAUGUUGGCGGCCUCUCGCUCCGAGCAUCGCCGCAACCUCGAGCCGUCGCUUCGCACGAAACGGCAGGGAAUGUCGGCGCCGUCGACACGACUGGAGCGCCUCUAUCCUUUGGCGGCUGCAGUUUGUCGUCGGGUCGCUUCGGAGGUCUCACCGAACACGGCUAUCUCUAUUUUGGUGAAGCUCGGUCAGUGGACCCUCUCGGAGACGUCCAAGGAAAGCGCCAGCACGCCGCCCGCGACACUGAAGCGCCGACCGAACGUAUGCCCCGAGCCCAAGAUCGGACAAAAGAUCAUCGCUGCUUUUCCUGACGCAGUGAUGACUGCGGCUCGGGCACUACGUAGCCGGAUCCUGAGCGGGCGUACGCGAAAUCAGCGAAGCGUCUGGAGUCACCAGUUCGCGUUCUGUGUGGAUUCCUCAUCAGCGCGAAUUCUGGACGAUGCUUUCUCCGUUGAGAUCGAGCAGCGCUGCGACCCGUCGUCGGGGGCAUCGGGUCAUCGCCCGGGCGACUUGCAGGUGACCUGGCACGUCCAUAUCGUGGAUAUUGGGCGCUGGCUACCUGCAGGCCACCCAGUAGACCAGAUUGCCUGCCAGCGAGCACAGUCACUGUAUCUGCCGGGGCGACCUCUGCACCUGUUGCCGCCACCGUUGGCAAACGCGGCCUCUUUCUCAGAGCAUCUGGCGACUGACGCGAUCACCGUAUCACUGCGCUUCCGUGAGCGCAGCAACGACCAGCAUACCGGGUCCGACGACCUCGGCGCCAUCGAAUGGUUCACGGUACGUCGAAGUGUGAUACCGCCUGUGCAGCGCAUAUCAUACGAGGAGCUCGAUCGUCUGAUCCUGAGUAAUCGACGCGUGCGGGCAUCAUCAUCAUCAGCAGCAGCAGCAGCAGCAGCAGCAGCAGCAGCAUCUGCAUCUGCAUCUGCAUCGUCACCUACAGACACCAGCACCGAAACACUGCUGCAGAGAGCGUCGAACCCGUUGACAAUAUUACAGAAAGCGCUGAAUUCAGCAGCGCUGGAGCAGCGCAUGCGUGCACGCAUGCAUGCGCGUCAACGCCGCAACGCCGGGCGCAUUGCGCGGGUGGCGCAUCGACGCGACGGCAGCCUGGCUGUAGCGGAAUUUGCACUCUCUCCGGGAUACUGCCUCGUGGAUGCGCUACUCGCUGCCGCUAGUGAGGCACUUAUUCGAUUUGCUGCACAGCACAAGAUCCCUGUACCCGUCACUAGAUGGACACGAGUCCAGAACACGGAGCUGGGGACGCUGGCGGCGCAAAAGGUAACCGCCAGUGAACCAAACGCAGUGCAGGCGUAUCGGCCGCAGCGUUUCGGCACUGCACCUCUCCGUCGAUACCUGGACCUCAUGACACUGCGUCAGAUCUCGCUCUAUCUUGAGUAUGGGGCAGAGGCGCCGCUGCUGACCAGAGCACAGGUAGCACGCAUUGCUGCGCAAGUUCAGCGAAAUGCGUCUGCGGGGAUGCAGAAAGUGGUGGCAUCUCGGCAAUCGCUCAUGCUGGAUGUACUUGCUGAGCGGCAGUCACAAGUGCAGCGUCUCGGUCCGGGGGAACUUGUUUUGAACGGCUUGGUUGCAUCCGUGUCGUCGAAUGGGCGAACGGCGCUCAUCAUUCUGGAGGAUGAUCAAAUGGAGGCGACGGUGACCCUAGAGCGCAGUCAGCGCCUUCGUAUUGGCGAACGCCGUGCGUUCCGUCUGGUACGCCUCGACCGGACGCAGUGCGGUGCACGAGCGAUCCAGUUGGCACUGGUUGUCGACUCGGUGUCGGUUUGA